UCAACGUCUCCUCGGCAUCUCCUCUGCAGUGGCCACUUUGCAGACCUCGAGGGCGUCUUCUCUGCACUCCCUACUCCGUAGAAGCCUAGGAGAUUAAUUACUACAUACAUGUAUGGGAUUUGAGUUGAUGUGCACAGUGACCUUGAUGUGUAAUUAAACCCUUCCUUCGCACAACCCCUUAACAAUGGUUGAGUACCCCUUCCAUUGCACUUGCAGCUGUCAUACUAGUGUUAGCCAUAAGCGCAAAACUCACAACUCGCCAGUCUCAAGCAUUACGGCAUCGAAAAUGCGAUCUUGGAAGGCAUAUUGCACCAGGAGCACCAAAUACCAUCACACCACCGCCCCUCAAAAACUGCAAAAAGAUGGCCAACCAAGAAGCUUCAUAGCCCCUCAGGAAGUUUCAUGGCCCCUCACUGAGCCAUUGUCACAAGCUAGGACACAUGGCUCAGUGAAGCAGCAAAGUAACAUGUGCGUAGAAGACGUGGAGUUGAUAUAUAGUUGGAAGAAGCUAUAAGCUACUAGUUUUGGACACGUGCGUUUAUAAUAUAAAGAGGCGUGCGUUGUAAUUGAAAUAACUAAAUUAGUUAAAAGGAGUGCAGAGUUUGUAUAAAGAGGAUAACUAAGACAAAGAGAGAUGUAUCUUUUGAGUUGUAUUGUUCUAGAUGAACUGUGUCGGUUUUAGGCUCCUUGA